CGACUGAUUGUGUAAAUUCAAACUUUAACUUCAGAUCACUCAAGCGAAGAAAGAACAUCAACGAAAAACCGUUCCUCAGAUGAUCUUGGCCUUGCUCCAGGUGCUCCAGGUCUUGGUGGUUCAAUUCGACCUAGUUCCUCCGAAGGUGAUAACAUAAUUUUAUAAAUUUAAAUUAAUUUUCUUAGAAUAGUUUUCUAUUUAUUUGUUUUAGAGAUCUAUACUCGAGAUUAGAGAACAGUUUUUUUUAAUGUUAAUUAAAAUGAUAUAUUAUUUCAUUAAACUUCAGAUAACUCAAGCCAAGAAAAAACAUCACAAGUAAAUCGCCUUGUAAAUCGCUCACCAAACACUCUCGGUAUUGCUCAAAGAGGUCAGGCGCUUGUUUAUUUAUCUAAGUACGUGUUUUAUAAGAAUACAUUUAACUUCAGAUCAUUCAAGCCCUCGCCUAAGCCAAGGAAGACCAUCGCCUGCAAAUCUUGUGUCAAAUGCUCUGGGAGGCUCAGUCGUUGAUAGUUUGGCAUGCAAUCAUAUUUGUGAAGGUUGUUCAAGACAAUCAUUGGCAAAUUGCUCAACCAGUACUCAGAACGCCCCCGUUCUUGAAUCACUGAUCAAUAUUCAUAAUAAAUCGAAGGAUAUCAAGCCUCAGGCACGUAGAUUCACAAAUUCAGACAAGGAUAUUGGUACUUACGAAUUUCUAGCGGCAGGCAAAAGUCAUUUCACUUAUCAUGGUAGAAAUUCAACAAUAAUGAGUGUAAAAACAAUCCAGCGACAUUUGAAGCAGAAUACUAAAAACGUAGUGGAAGGAUCUGUAGAUGUGUUCGGUUUGAAAAAGUAUUUGAUCGACAAUGAGUUUCCACUUGCGGUUUGCCUGUGUGAAGAUGGAACAAGAAUCACUGCCGGAGUUCAAUACGAUUACACCACUGAUUCAUUGCGAGGGCUGGUAGCUCCGCUGAAUGAAAAUGGUUUACCACAAACGGGUUUAUUCACGGCCUCUAGUCCUUACAAGAUUGCACAAAUGAUCAAAGAUUACCCUACCGGAAACCAUGUGUAUGUUCAAAUGGCUCUACCAUUAGCAGCCGGUGCAGCUCCUUUCGUUCUAUAUCAUGCCUGUUCGGAUAACAAGUUCGAUGCCACGGAUGUCCUAAACCGAUGGAGAUACACCGAAAUGGUUUUGAGGGAGCAGGGAAUAAACGUGGUUGCAAAUGCUUCAGAUGGCGAUCCUAGACUGAUGAAGGCAAUGAAGGAACGUUCUUGCCUGAGAAACAAUUACAGUAAAUCUACUUGGGGCUGGUGGUACUCGAUUGAAGAUGAAAACAAUUCUGUAUUGAACGUACAAGAUAUGAUUCACGGCAUCAAUAAGAUCCGAAACCGCUUAAUGCGUGGUGAUCUUAAAAUAGGAAAGUUCAAAGUAUCGACAUCCCACCUCAAAGAACUAAUUCAAAACCAUAGUAAAGACAAGCAUCGUCUCUCAAUGAGCGACAUUGAUUUGAAAGACAAAAUGAAGUUCGGACCAAGUCUGAAAAUGAUUGACAAAGACAUGAUAAAUUAUUUAAAACAACACGUACGACAAAGCAGUGGCACGGUAUUACUGUUAAAUGUGAUGCGGCUAAUGCACAACUCUUUUGUUGAUGAGAAUUUUGUUCCGCUCGAUCGCGUUCAUGAUGUAUGGUAGGUAGAAAUGUUGUUCAUGUUAGCAAUAUACACGUAUCUGUAUAAAAGUUAAAAACUGUUAUUCAGUUACAUAUGUUAUUAGCAAUAUUACGUCGAAUUUUUUGUCGACAAAGUUUUGUAUUAUCCACAGUAUAUAUUUUCUAACAGGACUGCAAAUUUCAUAAUUCGAGCGUGGAGGAACUGGUGCAAACGUCGGCACGGAAACCUGAAAAGCUGCAUAACGACAAACGCGUAUAUGUCAUUAGAAUUAAAUGCUCAUGCUCUGUUGGCAUUCAUGAAAUAUUGUAUUGACAAUAACACUCCUGAACAAUUUCUGAUAUCUUGUCUAUCCAGCCAACCAUGCGAAGACCUCUUUAGACAACUAAGGUCAAUGGCGCCGGUUGAACAGACUAUUGUGAACUUUAACAUAAAGGAACUCUCGGAGAAACUGAAACGACUGCAAAUGAAAACGAAUAUUAUGUACAGGCACAGUAACUCGAUAAAUUUUCCAGCAAUGGCUCGUCAUCAUGGCCCGCGAGUACCGGUAGUCUCUUUGCCAACUAUCGAAGAAAUCAAGAACACAGUUAAAAAGGCGAUGGAUUCUGCUCGAUCAGAGUUGUUAUCGGUUGGCAUUGAAGGUGACGAAGUCAAUUUUCAACCGUCGAUAAAUGUUCAAUCUGGUAAAGGAUACUAUGAAUUCGAAUGCAAUGAGGAUUCGGAUAGUGAUGAAGAAACUGGCGGUAACGUGGACGUGGAAUUUGUCACAAUUGAUGAGAUGGAAAGUGAUGAUGGAGACGAAGCAUUUAUAAACGAAGUCAACGAAAUCGACGUACGGAAUGAGAUGGAGGAGGUACUGGAAACUGUCACAAACCGUACAGAAAUCAAUGAAGAAGUUUUUGAUGCUGAUACUAUUUUCCCCAAUUUUGAAGGAAAAUUGAACCUUAAAAGCACCACAGUUGGGAACAAACAUACCUUCAAAAUAGCUGAUUCAUCUGGAGCAAUCAAAAACAUCAAAAAGUCAACACUUAUUUGGAUGAUGACGGAAGGGCAAUAUCGUUUAUCUUCCGAUAGAAUUAGAAGAUUUGCUCAGCGAGAACGGAGCCAUUGAAUUUUAAUAAAAAUCAUUGAUUUGUUUAAUUAAAAACAUGUGUCUUAUUCGAAAUAAUCGUUUGGCUUAAGAUUGAUUUACUUCGGAACCGAGCGAGUAAACUAAAGGAUUACUAUUCUAAUUAUCACCAGUUAAAUGCAACUCGAGGCUGGCUUGUAUUUGUAGAAGAAACUAGGAAUGCCACUUCCAGCAAUACAUAGUUAUCUGGUGCUGUUUUUUUCACUGAAGUCCUGUUUCAGUGGUGGUCAUUCACUUCACUUUAUUGAAAAGGCCAGAGUUGAGUUCUUCUUGUGCACAUGGCGUAGCUCUGAUUGAAAAUAGGAAUAUACCUUGCUUACAACGUGAUAGUUAAGACUAAGCCCUAGUCGCGCAUUGGAGUAAUUAUGACCCCUAAACGUACACUAGGUCAGCGAGGUGCGCGCAAGCUAAUGACCGAAGAACGGUAAAUUCGUACAUGUGGUCAAGAUAAUUAGCUCCAUAUGUUUAGUAUUCCGAGGGGGAUCAUAUCAUAUCUCAUUAGGUAGUUCGAACAAUAUAGUAAACAAUAUAGGUACAGAUAACACAUCGAGCGCAAUAAUCGAUAUGCCUCUUGAUAUGCCUCCAUUAAUUUUCAUAAAAUAGAUAAUAUUCUCAUUAAAAUGGAUUAUAAAUUUACUAUUAGCAUGUCCCUUCCAAAAUUAUAGAAAUCGUAUGCCAUUGUACCGAUCUACAGCUACCCAAUAUUUAAACGAAUUACAAUUCGAAACAAUGUAAUAAUAAUUAUCCCCAAAUUUUUUAAGUUUCCAAAACACUGAAUUCCUAAUCUAGCUAACGUGAAAGUGUCAACUACAAAGGAUGCGAAAAAUCAAUGCCCACCUGAUGAUAUUUUUGAUAAAAGGUUUAAUAUUUUUGAUAUUUAUCAUUAGUUUGAUACCAGAUCGGGCUGUCCUCCCCCUU